AUGGCCCAUGCCAAUCCCACCACCGAGGAAAUUGAAAGAGCAUCUCAGCUCCUAAAUGCCCAAGAUAAAGCCAUCGCCCUCUUCGACGAGAUUGAGAACACUCUCAUCCGACCCGGAAUCACAGAAAGGACCCUCAAUGAAGAGAUCUAUCAAUUAGGUCUAGAUCGAUACGGAAUCAAAACUCACUGGCACAAACGAGUCAUCCGCAGUGGCCCCAACACCCUUAGCCCAUUUGCCGAGAAUCCCCCAGACCGGGUAAUCGAAGAAGACGACAUACUCGUCGUUGACCUGGGACCCGUAUUCGAAGCUUGGGAAGCCGAUUUCGGCCGCACUUUCGUUCUCGGCAAUGACCCGCAUAAGCUCAAGCUGCGGGAUGCCCUUGAGCCCAUAUGGGAUCUUGUGAAGGCGCGCUUCCGGGAAAACCCGGAUAUGUCGGGUGAAGAACUAUAUGAGAUUGCUUGUGGGAUUGCGGCGCAGGAGGGCUUUGAUUUUGGGGCUGAUAUAGCGGGCCAUAUUGUUGGGUCGUUUCCUCAUGAGCGUAUUCCGCGGGACAGGAAUGCUCUGUACAUUACCAAGGGGAAUAAGGAUUCAAUGGGGUUGGCGGGCCGGGAUGGGUUCAGGCGUCAUUGGAUAUUGGAAAUUCAUCUUCAUGAUCGAGAACGUGGCUUUGGUGGAUUCUUUGAGAAGCUGCUGACGAUUGAUUAG